AUGGCGUUUUGCCUCAUGGUCACUGUCUUUGGCCAUCAUCAUAUGGGGUGUGCCUCGCUUGUGAGAGAGGCUGGCAUGGCGACAGUUGCAGCUACAAAUGUUCCGGCUUCUGCGACGUCGGCGGCUGUGACGGGGACACAGGGAGAUGUAUACAGUGUGGGGGCUGGGUACCAUGCCACCACGUGUACAGAGACAUGUCCUCCGAACUGUAGACACAGUCAUGGUGAUAAGCCCUACUGUGAUCGGGAGACAGGAAACUGUCUGGAAAACUGUCAAGGCGGCUGGUGGGGAACGAGGUGUGACAACAAGUGCAGUGAUAGGUGUGAAGACAACUCAUGCUACGGCUGGGACGGCUCGUGUUCUAGAGGCUGCAGGAAAGGUUGGGUCGGUGACAGUUGUGACACCAGGUGUCCAGGGGGAUGUCAAGGUGACACAUGUGAACAGUACGGGAGCCAUACGUGUACCCGAGGUUGUAAACACGGUCUUCACGGACAUCACUGCAAUAAGCAGUGUAACAGACACUGUAGAGACCAGGACUGUUUCUAUGACCACAGUAUGAAGUCUACAGUCUGCAGACAGGGCUGUGUGGAUGGCUGGAUGUCACUCGACUGUAAGCUGAAGUGUCCUGGUAACUGUGAGGCAUGUUCUCAAGAGACUGGGGAAUGUUCCAGAUGCAAGCAAGGCUACUGA